GGCUCAAGAGCCGCCCCCGCGAACUGCAGGCUACGUUUUUAGCAUAGAUUAUUUUUUACGUCAAACAGCCAUGGCCAAGUCAAUGGGCCUGAUGGCGGCGGCUGCUAGCGCCGCCUACCUUUGCCGCGAAGCCUUUGUGCCCUCCAGCGGUGCGACGGAGGCCCCAGCCUCCCCUGCCUUGCUCCGUGGCGCUGAACGUGUGGGACAGCGUUCCACGUCGGGUGGCACUGUGCUGCCCAGUCUUUGUGGGGCAGCGCUGGUGGCGAGCGCAGCCAGCAGCUUGAAGCGUAGGAAAGCAGCCUGCAAGGCUUUCGAGAAUGAGAUGGGCGCCACUUUGCCCUUCAAGUACUUCGACCCUCUGGGAAUGGCCAAGGACGGGGAUCAAGAAACCUUCCGACGCAGGAGGAUCGCUGAGAUCAAGAACGGCCGUGUGGCCAUGAUGGCCUGCAUGGGCUAUAUUGCACCAGAGUAUUUCCGCUGGCCUGGCUACUGCUCCCCUUCCACAGACCUCAAGUUCGCGGACAUCCCCAACGGCACCCAAGCCUUGUACAAGAUGCCUGCGGAGGCCUGGGCGCAGAUUGCGUGCUUCAUUGGUUUCCUGGAGCUCUUCCCCAUGAGGCAGGAGAAGGACCGCAUCCCAGGGGAUGCCCCAGGCUUCGGCAAGCUGGGCUUGCCCUUCGCGACCAAGGCCGACCCGGAGAAGAACUGCCGGUCCCUGGAUGCCGAGAUCAACAACGGACGAUUGGCCAUGGUGGCGAUCACCGGGAUGAUCUCUCAGAACGCCUUCUUCGGGACCACUGGCCCGGACAUGUGGCUCCCCGGGGCCUCCGCCUUCGAAGGGGAGCUGGGCGUCCAAGCGCCCGUGGGCUACUGGGACCCCUUGGGCCUCUCUGCCGAUGGCGAUGUCGAGGCUUUCAAGCGCCGCCGCGCCGUGGAGCUCAAGCACGGCCGCAUUUAUUGGCUCGCAUCCCAGAUUGGCUACAUCGUCCCGGAAUACUUCCGCUGGCCUGGAUACCUCUCUCCUGAGAAGGGCCUGAAGUUCGCGGACAUGCCUCACGGCAUUGCGGCCGUUUCCAAGGUGCCCUUGGAGGGCUGGGUUCAGAUUGCGCUCUUCAUCGGCCACAUGGAGGGCUACUUCUGGCGCCAAGAUGCGAAGAGGGCCCCGGGCGACUACGAAGGCUACGGCUUCUUGGGCGUUGGCAAGAACUUCAUCUUCAACUUCGAGCCCAUUGAGUUCAAGGACCCUGAGGUGAAGAAGACCAAGCUCCGGGCCGAGAUCGCCAACGGGCGAUUGGCGAUGGUGGCCUUGAUGGCCAUGCUCUUCCAGAACGGCACCGUUGGCACCACCGGCCCUGCCAUGUGGCUACCGGCCGCCUAAGGUGCAGCGCCGCCUCCUUGUGCGCUGAGCUUCCACCGUGUCUCCCUCACCCUUCGUCGACCUUGCGUGGGG